GGACAAAGCGAGUACAAGAACUUUGUUGAAAUAUUGAAUUUAAAAACAAAUUACCUUAAUACCUACCCCGAACUGUUAAGAGAAGGACCUUUAGAUCUACCAAUGGUUGAAUUUUGUUUAACCUCAAAACGUUUUGGUUACCAUUGCAAUAAUGAUAAGAGCUGAGGAAAGAAUAAUCAACAUCGAAUUUUAUAAUAUCAAUAUUAAAAUUAAGAAUCACGGUUGACGAUAGCUGUUCACUUAAUCAGUAAUCCACAUAAAUUACAAUAAUUUUUGUGUACAUACGAAUAUAAUUAUAUCAAGUCUGUUCUGUUUUCGUAAACAAAUUCAAGUCAUACCUCGCUAGGAGUUGUUUAUUAUUGAUAUAAUGUGUAACAACAAUAAAGAAGAAGAUAUAGUGGGCAAAUGGGGCUUGCCUCUUAAAGAACUCUACUCCUUCGCGUUAAAGUUUUUUAAAGAAAAAGAAGGUAAAGCUUUUCAUUUUACUUAUGAUGAUAAACUUAAACUUGUUGCUUAUACACGACAAGUUAGUCAUGGAAAGUUGGAUGAAUCUAAAUUACCACCAUUGGGUGUAUUUGAUGUCAUAGGUAGAGAUAGAAGAUUAGCUUGGCAAGCUCUUGGUGAUAUGUCACCAGAAAAUUCCAUGAUAAAUUUUGUUAAAUUGGUUAAUAAAGAAUGCACUUUAUUUAAACACACUGUUGAAGCUUAUAAAGCAGAUUUAAUUGAACAAAAGCGAAUAACGGAAGAAAAUGUUAAAAGAGAACAAGAGGAAAUGGAAAAGCAAUUUGCUCUCAUGGCAUUAAAACAAAAGGAAGAAGAAGAAAGAUGCAGACAAGAAAAUACUAAGCAAUUAAUACAAGAAGCUUUAAAUAAACAGACCUACAGUCAGUUCUUAACUUAUGCCCAAAACCAGUUCCCAAAUAAUCCUGAUGAACAAGCUGUACUUGUAAGACAAUUGCAGGAACAACAUUACCAUCAGUACAUGCAACAGUUACAACAAAACUAUGAACCUGGGAAAGAACUUGAAAUAGCAAAUGCCAUGAUGUCUGCUCCUGAAGAAAAGGGGAAUGAAAAUGAUAAUGUUUGUAAAGAACAAUGUGGAAAUGGUCAAUGUCCAUCUGGAGAAUGCUCUGUUCAAACAUUGUUUCCUGCAUCUAUGUGGACUAGAAAAGAUAUUGAUGAAUUUAAACUUAGUUUACAAAGGGAAGGUGGAGAAGCCAUCAUAAAAGUCAGCCAUGGAGAAACAGUAACUGUUAGAGUUCCAACCACUGAAGGUGGAAAUUGCAUAUUUUGGGAGUUUGCAACCGAUGGUCAUGAUAUUGGUUUUGGUUUAUAUUUUGAAUGGGUUAAACCUGACACUACUCAAGUUUCAGUACAUGUUUCUGAUAUGGAACAGGAGUUAGACGACUUGGAUGAUGACGAAGAAAAUAUUAAUACAGAUUUACUUUGUGAAUUGGAACAAAAUGGUAUUUCAUUUAAAGAUUUAAAAGAGAGCAGUUUAUUGGAUCGUCCACCAUUAUCAUGUGUAAUACCAAUAUACCGACGAGAUUGUCAUAAGGAAGUGUACGCUGGUAGUCAUUUGUAUCCUGGCGAAGGAGUUUACCAACUGAAGUUUGAUAACUCUUAUAGUUUAUGGAGGUCAAAAACAUUAUAUUAUAGAAUAUAUUAUUCUCAAUAAGGCCACAAUAUUUAUUAUAUAAGUAAUUUAUUUUUCCUAUUACAAUGUCAUUUGACAACAAAUAUUAUGCCAUGCUUAUGCUUGUUUUAAUUAAAAAUGUAUACAUUAUAUGCUAAUAUUGAAAUUUGUAAAUCAAUUUAUUAGCUAUAUAAGGGUGUCUCACACUAUUUUAAUAAUUUUACAUAAAUUAAUAUGUAGUUUUAUUUAUACGUGAAACAUCCUUUUAUGCAUAAAUAUUAAAAAUGGUACCCAAAAAUUUACAAUUCACUAAAUAUAAUAGUUAAUAUUGUACACUCAAUAUAAAUAAAAAUUGUAGUUACGUAUACAAAUUAAUAUUUAUGUAUUUUUUUAACUUAAUUGGAUUUAUAAAAACUUAAAUUUGGCAAAAGAAGUAAUAGUUAAUCAAAAUGUAAUCGUAGGAUAUUUCCACAUUUACGCCAAUGUCUUUCGUAACCUAUGUUACAUGGUGUAUUAAUAUUUAAUUAUUAUUUUUACAUUCAGUAUUGCUUUUAAAAAAAUCUUUUUGUCGAACAAUAUUUCUAUCUUGACAUAAUUUAUUUAUUCUUAAUAUUGCAAAUUUUCAAGACUAAAAAAAUAGGAGAAACUAUAUUUGCAAGUUCAGAAGUUUCUUUCCUAUAAUAAAUACGUGUUCAAUCACUUGAUUCAUCAAAGCCUAAUAUCAAUUUAUCUACAAAAAGUAAACCUUUGAUCUUUGCACAAUAAUUUGGUGGUUAUUGUGCCAAACUAUAGUAUUAGUAAAUAAGUGUAUCUUAUAAAUUGUAAAUAAUUCUUUAUUAUACUUGUUAAUUUAUUAAAUUCUAGUAUAACUAAAAUUUAGUUAUUUUUUUCAAGUCUUUAUUAUUAAUUGUAAGUGCUUAGUAGUAUUUAUUAGUAACUUAACCAAAUAUA